GAGACACACAGCUUUGAUCUUCAUCAUCUGAAAGCAAAACUCAACCUUAGGUUCUACCAGCAGGUCAAGCUGGUGAACUUUAUUCGUCGGCAGAUCCACCAGAGUCGUUGCUAUGGCUGCCAGAAGAAGUUUGACUGUAGAGUGGACGUGCUGCAGCACAUUGUGUCUGAAGGACAUGUGAUGAAACUGCCAGAGAUGUCCAUCUGGGACCAGCCACA